AUGAAUGAGCAGGAUACAAAUGUGAACCUGGCUCAAGUGGAAAUGAACAAGACAAAGGCCACGGAAGAGGAAUUGGUUGAAUUGGGAUUGAGUGACCUUUCACUGAAUGACAAGGCGGCAGAAGAUGACCUUUGGGCAACUCCAAUGGUCUCAGAUGAAUCUAAUGAAUCGUACUUCACCGAUGACGAAGCGACGAUGAAUAUGUCCUUCCAAUCGGCGAUGAGACUUGCUGACCGUGCUCAAGGAAUGACACCUUUCAAGGAUAUACCGGAACAUCUCAUCGAACGGACACAGACGGGAAAGGUCAUCAAUGUAAGACCGCCGUCGCCGAAUAGCCCCACGUCAACUCUGAGGAGGCGCGUGAAGGAUUUGGAAGAUGAACUCCAUAACAAGGAAGACCAGACGGCGAGACGAAAACAGGAAUAUCAAGAGAGGUUGACAUCGCUUGAAACCCGGUUGUUUGAGUUGGAACAACAACGGGGUUACUUGGAGAGCACAGCAGAGGAAGGGAAAGUGAAGUACGAAAAGCAAAGGGAACUGGCUGAAGAGUACUUGAAAAUGGUUGAUGACAGAGAAAUGGAAGGUCAUCUUGCGGUCAGUGAACUUAACGAGAGCAUGUCAGAAGAAACAGCGGAAAGGUCACGGCACUUAGCCGAAUUGAAAGACGAAUGCGACUCACUUAAACUUAAGGUCACCGAAGCGGAAGCCAAGCGAGACGAAUACGCGGCCAAACUUGUCGACGUGACCCAACGAUUGCUGACAAACACCAACGAAGUGUUUAAGUUGAGAAAUGAAUUGAAGUUACGGGACGAGAACAUUGGAACCCUUCAGAAAGAAUCACAAAAUCAUCAGAAGAGAGCCGAUGACGCUGUCAAAGUGGCUAAGGACCUGAGGGAGCUCACAGCCACUGAAGGUGUGAGGCUGAAGAAUGAAAUUAAGCAGGUGAUGGAAGAGAACAAGUCGUUGAAAGAAGAUGUUCGAAAGGUCACCGAAGAGAAUACCGAGUUGAAAAAGACUGCUAAGACAAUUGCCGAGCAAGGCAUGAGGUGGGAACAUGAGGCACACCUUUUGGACGAAAAGGUCACGGUACUUGAAUUGAAAGAUAAGGAGUGGCAACAAUCAGUCCACCAGAAGACGCAGGAGAUUAUCAAGCUCAACACGGAGCUGAUUGAUAUGACCCAAACGGUGAUGACAAGAGAAGAUGAGGUCACCCAGACGAAAAACCAACUAAAAGCAGCAGUCGAGGAAUACACAAAGCUGGAAAGGGAUGUGACCCAGUUGGCGGAACACAUUAAAAAGGUGGAGAAUGACACUGAAAAGGUCAUUCAGGAGAAGACUUUCCAACUCCACCAACAUAUGUUAAAGGUCAAGUAG